AUUCGCCGGAAGAGAGAUUACACGCCGCUGUCAUGGGAAGGGUAUUUCGAAACUUCAAGAGAUGUUCGGGUCAGCGAAAAAAAUGUAUCCUUUCUUCGUUGAUCGAGGUAGACUCUUAUGUACUAUUCUGUUACUGAAUGCAGAAUUGUUACAAAAUUCGUGCUCUCAAACUUUUAUUUUGAACAAGUAAAUGUGCAUGAAUAUAAACACAAAGCUAGAGAUGAAAGAGGAAAGACUGAAACUUUGUUUUGUUUUGUUUUAUCAACUGUAUUGGUCUGAGUCUCUCUAAAUAAAUAGUUACAGUAACGAAAAAAAAUGAUAGUAUAAAAAGGCCAAAAGGUAAGGGGCAAACGGGACCUCCCAUGCAGGGCACUUCCCAAUUAAAUCAGUAAAAAUCUUAAGAAAUGUGUAUUAAACUAAUGUUGCCAGUGGCACUCACAAUUACGUGCAAGACCCCAUGAACUUCAAAGACAUUUGUUAAUUCAUCUUUGUGCAAGUCAGUUAUACUAUUCUUUAAAGUCUUCAUGUUUAGAAAGUCACUGGGCUGAAUUAAUUUACAUAUUUGGUUCCAUAAUUUAAUACUGCGAUUUAAAAAUCAAUAUGUAAUAAAAUUACUUAACGUGGUUUUAAGAUAUUUCGAGUUUACCAGGCUGGAAGUAAUGGACCGUUAUUACUGUUGCUCCAUGGUGGAGGGCAUUCUGCUUUAUCAUGGGCUGUCUUUACA